AUGGAGCUCUUGCCAGGUUAUCCUCCGUCUCCACACCCACUCUCCAAAACCAUUUUCUCUGCUGCGAAAAUUUCCAUCGUCUUGCACUCUUCAACCUCACCAGCCUUCCAUCGCCGCCAACGAAGGCUUCCUCACCUCUGCAGAUCUCGACUUCGACGUGUCGCAUCUUCCUGUGUCUCGAAAUACCAUGGACAAUUGACUGAAGUCCCGUGUCAGAGAGAGAUAUCAGGAGGGUGUGUGCUUGCACUGUCGUCAGGUGUCUUUGGUGGUGGUGGCCAUGGCCAGAGUAGAACAGAGUAAUACAAUACGUUCAUUUGAGUCAUUAUUGUGUUCUUCCCUGUAGUGUCUAUGUAGUGAUGUUAUCCAUGUUGGCGUGCCAGUCCAGAUCUAUCCAUGCCGCAACCAAUU